UAAAAUGCUUUUGUUUUUGCCACUGACCUACCCCACACGGUACGAUGGAGUUCCAAAACAAAUGCCCACUUUUCUUCCCGUAGCACAUCUUUGGCGCAAUCGACCGGUUGUCAAAAUUGCCUGCACACCAACCACGCAUGCUCCAGCAAACAUCGCGGAAGUUGCUUGUCUUGUAUGUGAAAGACACUUUUCACUUUUUCCAUUCGCGUUCCAUCAAUCGGAAAAUCAAUAUCACCGCAGUAUCAGUCACACGGUUCCGAUCCAGACGUCCUCGGCAGUGUCUUUGGCGCCUUCGUUCGUGAAAAAGGAUUGUUGGCUACUAUAUUCUCCAAGUUGAUCCUCAGAAUCGCUGGCCUGCAGGUUAUCUUCCGUUGAUACAUCAGGCUGGUAGUGGAACCGUAUUCACUAUCCAAAGGGGAAUAGAGUCCACUUAACCCACCGAAGGAAAGUUCCGGAAAAGCGAGAGUGACCAGCAGCAGCAGCAGCAGUAGCAGAGGCAGCAGCAGCAGCAGUGUCGGUAGGGGGAAGUCUGUGUAUUCGAAAGUGGCGCUGGACAACGGUAUCAAAACGCAGUCCCGAGUGCAUCCGAGUCCUGGUAGUGCUCGCACUUUGGUGUGGGCACUGCCCUUGACCGCAUCAUGCAACAUGGUCACCGAGGAGAGUGAUCAUCCACACCAUCCGGAGGAGGAGAAAACUCCAACGCAGGAGAAGGAUAGCAACUUGCUAGCGCGAACCGACAGCAGCGAGAUACUGAUCCAGAGCAGCAUGGAUGACAUAUUCGAUGUUAUCAAAUCGGGCGAACUGUCGGAGGUGGAGAAUUUGGUAGAAAAGGUAGGCCAGGAAGCGCUCAGUGCCCGCGAUAAGCAUGGCUACACCCCGGCCCAUUGGGCCGCACUCGAUGGUAAUGUGGAAAUGAUGCGCUAUCUCGUCGAACGGAACGCGCCGGUCGAUUUGCCUUGCCUCGGAACGCAAGGCCCACGACCCAUCCACUGGGCAUGCCGGAAAGGACAUGCGGCGGUCGUGCAGGUUCUUCUACAGGCAGGCGUUGCAGUAAAUGCGGCCGAUUUUAAAGGUCUCACCCCGCUAAUGACCGCCUGCAUGUAUGGCCGUACGGCUACGGCGGCUUAUCUGCUGGGGAUGGGUGCACAGAACCAUCUGACCGAUAUUAACGGGGAUACGGCACUGCACUGGGCAGCGUACAAGGGACAUGCGGAUCUGAUCCGGCUGCUAAUGUACUCCGGGGUGGAUCUGCAGAAGACGGAUAAUUUCGGCUCGACACCGCUCCAUCUGGCCUGUCUGUCGGGGAAUCUGCAGUGUGUGAAGAUACUGUGCGAGAAGCGUAAUCUGGAGCUGGAACCACGUGAUAAGAAUGGUAAAACGCCUGUGAUGCUUGCCCAAAGCCAUCGCAACAGUGAGGUGGUGAAGCUGCUGCACAACGAGAUGAAGAAAAAGUCUCGCUGGAUGCCACCGAUCUCGGAGAUCUGGGGGAUGCUGUUCGGUGGCGCUGGUGCGUCGAAGGGUCCACUGAUACUGUUCCUCGUGUCGGUGUUGCUCUGGGGAUAUCCGAUGUAUAUGAUAAGGUGCAUUCCAAUCACGUGGAACAUCUUGCGACGAUCGCACUAUUGCUUCAUCUACUGGAAUGCGGUCAUGUGGAUCAGCUGGAUAAUAGCCAAUCGUCGAGAUCCGGGCUACAUCCCACUGAACUCCGACACCUACUAUCGAGCGAUCAAGCAAAUCCCGUACUUUGAUAAGUGGAAGAAGCGAAACGUAAUUCUCUCACGUCUAUGCCACAGCUGCAGGUGUUUGAGGCCGCUGAGAGCGAAGCAUUGCCGCAUCUGCAACCGGUGCGUGUCGUACUUCGAUCAUCACUGUCCGUUCAUUUACAACUGCGUCGGUUUGCGCAAUCGGAUGUGGUUUCUGCUGUUUGUGCUGAGCAUCGCCAUCAACUGUUCGUUCACGAUCUACUUCGCGUGCUACUGUGUCAUGAUCGAGGGCUUCAGCUUGCUGUACGUGCUCGGGCUGCUGGAAGCGUUCGUAUUUUGUGGACUCGGUUGGAUUCUUACGUGCACAUCGAUUCUCCACGCCUGCAUGAACCUUACUACGAACGAAAUGUUUAACUACAAACGUUACCCCUACCUGCGAGACAAGCGUGGUCGCUAUCAGAAUCCAUUCUCCCGCGGACCGGUACUGAAUCUGUUCGAAUUCUUUGUCUGUCUGCCGGACCGUCAGGAUGAGCAGGACUACAUUCUGGACGAGAACCUUUGAAAAUUGCCUAACAACUCCGGCGAGCGCCGGAAACGCAUCACCAGCAGUGGCAGCAACAGCAGCAGCAACAGCAGCUAGCUCGAACCACACCACUAAAGUAAUAGUUCAUCGGAUCCACGAUCGAUCAACUACGCGCGAAACUACUACUUUCAAGCUGCCGGCAUCUCUUUUCCAUCCGAUCUUCGCCAUUCGCAUUCGCACACGUGUCGUUGCGUGCAGGAGCUUAACGAAAACAGUUUGAUCGCAGAGCAGAACACGGUUUUAAGAUUAAGCCUACGUUAAGAGCGGAAAUGGCUUUACAUUCUUACACUGGAUUUUUUAAAUGAUUCUGCCAUUUGUUAUGGAGCAAGCCAAACCCGUUAAGCGUAGCUGUACUGUUUUUAUUAAACAAUUACGUGAUUUUAAUUCAAUGUUAACAACGGAAAUAGGUAAACUCGUGACGCUUAUCGGUAUGAGCGUGUGUCUCAAGAGAAGCGUAAACAUAGGGAAACACAUGUUCGACCUUCUUUUUACUAACGUACAUUCCAUUCCGAUCCCGUAGCACAAAUCGAUGUUUCGAAGUCGUUUUAUAUUGAAACUUAUUUUGCCCCACAAAAAUUUAUAACAUAGCUUUACAGCCGAAGCAUUUGCAGUGUGACAAUGACUGCUUCCGAAACAAAAACAAACAAACAGUUCUAUUCUAGAAUGAAAUAAACGCUUGUACACGAAAUGAUAAAAA